AUGACAACUUCGACGGAAUUGAAUCCAUCAGAAAAGAUGCAGAAAAUACAUCAGCUGGAAAGCAACGAUUCAGACGAUGACAAUAUUCCACUCAGUGUUUUAAAGAAGGCUAUCGAAGAAAAUAAGGAGCCUUCCACUUCACCAAAAUCAGUGUGUCCAAUAAAGAAUAUUGAUUUACAAGACGAGGUUCCACCAGGUCCUAGAGAACAAACUCCAGAUCAACCUGAAGCUGUUGAUCCUUUUGAAUGUUCUGACAGCAAGACGGACUCUGUGCGAAAGAAGAAAAAAGAUGCUAAAGAAUCAUCACAAGAAAACCCUGAAGUAAUAGCUAGUGCUGAAUUCGACCUGCAACAGGUAAUUUCGCUUCCAAGAAGCAAUGAAAGUGGAAUUUUUUAUAGCCGUCGUCUAUCAGUGUUGAACCUUACGAUUUACAACCUAGUAAAUAAAAACUGCUUGUGUUAUCUUUGGAACGAAAUUAAUAGUAAACGAUGGUCCAACGAAAUAUCAACAUGCGUGGCAAACUACCUUAUUCAGCUGGAUACCAGGGAAUAA